CCCCUCCCUAAGACACGCGUAUUGCACGUGCCUUUCACAAACCAUUCCUCCGACGACGCCAUUGAUGGCAGUGCUCCGCCACUCCGCCGCCUUUCCGUUUCUCCUCCUCCUCGCCCUCCUCAUCUGCAUCCCUGCGCUAGUCUCUGGCGUCUGGCUAAAUGAUGGCGGCGGAGGCGUAGAAGAAGAAGGGGAGCAGUUUUCAGAGGAGCUCUUCUUGAAGCCCUUGCCCGAUCGGAAAGUCCUCGCCCACUUCCAUUUCCAGAGCACCGCCCCUCCCUCUGCCGCCAAUGGUCGCCAUCACCAUCUCUUCCCCAAGGCCAUCGCGCAGCUGGUCCAGAAAUUCCAAAUUAAGGAACUGGAAUUGUCCUUCACACAAGGACGCUGGAACUAUGAGAGCUGGGGUGGAUCUGAUCCAAUAUCUAGCACCAAUGCCAAACCCCCUGGGGUUGAGUUGUGGGCUCUCUUUGAUCUUCCUGUUAUGGAAAUUGAUGCCACUUGGAAGGAUCUUACACAUGCCCUCUCAGGCCUAUUUUGUGCUUCGAUCAACUUUCUCGAGUCCUCUACUUCCUACUUUGCUCCAAGUUGGGCAUUUCGGUCAAAUGUCAGCAACUUGAGAUAUGGUGCACUGCCCCGUGAGGCAGUUUGUACGGAAAAUCUCACUCCCUGGUUAAAGCUUCUUCCUUGUCGUGACAAGGCUGGGCUAGCUUCCUUACUGGACAGGCCUUCUAUAUAUAAAGGAUAUUAUCAUUCUCAAAGAUUGCAGUUAACCUCAACUAAAUCAACUGGUAUAGUUCUCAAACAGACACUUACUGUUGUGCUCAAACCUGAUGUUCAAAGGAAUUCUGCACAUUCUUCAUUGGAUAAAUCCAUUCAGCCUAGUUGGUCUGUUAGUUCAAUGUUCAAGAAGAAUGUUACUGGACUUUGUGUUCCUGCUAAAACUAGCAGAAUUUUCUUUGAACUUGAGACAAAUAUGGUUGUUGAACUUGAGAAGCUGGGAUAUGGAGAUUCUUGGAGUAACUCAAUAUUUGAUUUGUCUCCAAAUCCGGUUAGGGUGUUUAAAGAGUCGAAUCCUUUGCCAGGUCGAAGUAAUUCCAUUAUUUAUGAAUUCAUUAACUACAGUGAGCAUGAGCCUUUGGAUUUGGGUAUGAAGUGGAAGCUUCCUUUUAUAUGGUCUUGCUCUCAAGCACCAUUUCAUGUAAGCAGGUUUCUCAUGGGAAGUGGAAAUGAAAGAGGCUCUAUAGCUAUAUCAUUGCAAUCUACCGAGUCAAACAAAGAGUUCCUUGCCAAAUCACAUGGGUGCAAUGUGCAGGUUCUUAUUUUUCAGGUUGUUCCCUGGUAUGUAAAGGUUUAUUAUCAUACACUACAAGUAUUCAUGGAUGGAAAGCCUCAGAGUGUCUCAGAUGUGAUUGAGAAGAUUCAAGUCAGCCCCUCAGAAGACAAACUGUUUCCUGGAACAUUGGAACUGAUGCUUAGGUAUCCUUGCAGUGUGCAAUCAGUUGCAUUGACUUUAGAUUUUGACAAGGGGUUCUUACACAUUGAUGAAUAUCCACCGGAUGCUAACCAAGGCUUCGAUAUUCCAUCAGCUCUAGUUACCUUUCCCAACUUCCAUUCAAGCAGAAGCUAUGUUGAAGAUAACUUCUCGAUAAAUUCUCCGCUACUACUAAAAUUUCAGGAAAAGAAUGUUGUACGGUCAUACACAGAAGCACUGCUCGUGCCCUUGACAACACCUGAUUUUAGCAUGCCAUACAAUGUCAUCACCUUCACUUGCACUGUUUUAGCAUUGUUUUUUGGAUCCUUACUUAAUGUCUUGCGGCGAAGAGUUGGAGAGGAAGAAAGACUCUUGAACAGCAAAGGUAACACCACUAGGAUUCGGCUGAUUCCUUUACUGCUGUCCAAGUUUUCCUCCAAGCUAAAGGGAAGGACGGAUGGGACACCCAAGUCAUCAUCUUUGUUAGGAUCAAAGUUUUUACUCAUACUUGUGGCUGUAUUAGCUGUUCUUUGGCAUUAUAUCUCAAACUGAUGGAUUAUGCCCUCAGAUGAACAGUGCUUUUGAUUGCGAAUGCUGGUGAUGGUGAUACUUGGGUGUCGUUCAUGAUUACCUGCUGUAAUUUCUCAUACCUUUUAGUUCAUUCUUAGAAUUUUGUUAUAUAUUCCUUGGCAAUACUGAUAAAAUUUUGGAUUACUCUCUUUCUAGUUUAGAACUUAAUCUGCAUAAUAGAAGACUGUGAAGCGAUCACAUAUCCACAUCAGCCCCUUGGCCGGUACCAGCCUGUAUCCAACUCUUUUGCUGCAGCUAAUUUUGAUUACCUGAAACAAUUGAGUUUC